AUGUACGGACGUGUCCAGAUAUCAAAUCUUAGUUACCAGGAUUUAGCUGAAGCUUCCUUGCUCUUGAGUCCUUGGCGAUGGCUGAGGAAAUGCGCGAGGGCCUUUAGAUAUCUAGUGGAACUAACGCUAGCUUUGCACUGUUUCGGUUCAUGCUGUGUCUUCGUUAUCAUGAUAGCGAGGAACCUGAAAGACCUGGUCGAAGGUACGGAGUACUUUCGUGAUGAUGGAGAUCCUCCAUUGACUGUUUACAUCAUAUCGUUGGUGAUACCUUGCACAGCUGUUUGUAUGGUGACUAAUCUGAAGAAUUUAGCUCCAUUUGCCAUUAUUGCUAAUUUUUAUGCUGGUCGGCUCAUCCUGUACCGCCCCAUUUUUAUUCCUCUACCCACCAUUCAUUGA